AUGGUCGACAUAAUCUAUUUAAUAACACUUGUACCAACAGUACUUCUAUCAACAUUACGAUCUGAUGAUGAUGGAUUCGAUAAAAUGAAUUAUAAAUAUACAGUUGCUUUACUUGUUCUUUUUUCGACAAUAACAGCAACGAAACAAUUUGAUGAUGAUCGAAUUGAAUGUUGGAGUCGAGCAAAUUUUAUUAAACCAUAUGUUGAUUAUACAAAUCAAAUAUGUUAUAUAUCAUCAACAUAUUAUAUUGAUAGAAAUAGAACAAUACCACAUAAUAUUGAAGAACGGUAA